AUGUCUAACGAACUGCCAACUCCCAAAAUGACUGCCAUCCGAGCUAUUCCCGAGGCGGCCAUGGAAAGUUCUGACAGCAGCGACUCUUGCGCCACCACGUCGAACAAUAACGAAGCGAAUUUGAGCCUGUACAAGCCGAGCUUCAAGUAUAACGACUUCGUUAAUAAACUCGAUUCGUACAACAACAACCAGCUGCUGUUGCCUACUCAAUUUUACAAAACCUUGUUAGCCAAAGCGGUGUUCUCGAGCAAUAAUGACGAUAAGAGCAACGUCUACAAGAACAUAAAGCACCGUUCGGAUGGGACGGCGGCCAAGCGGGUGGCAACCCUUCCGGCCACCAGUCGGGGGGUGUGGGGGGCCAAGGGGCUCAAGGCCUCGUCCAUUGGAUGA